AUGCCACUUUUCGGAAAUAAGCAUAACGACGACAACGUCGCGUAUAACGCUGAGCAACCUAACGCAGGUUACGAUAACACUGCCGGAUACGAUAACCCCGGCAUGACAGGUUCUGGCGGGAACCGUCUCCGCAAGAAUCAUGGAGCAGCACAUAAUGACCCGCUCUAUCCCUCAUCAAACGCUCCCGGAGCUGGUUACGGCCAGCAAGAACGCGGAAUGGCGGGAGCUGGUGGUUAUAACGAUAAUAUCACCACAAAUCACCCGCACAUGAGAGAAGAUGGAUAUGAACAAACUGGUUACGGCUCUGGCGGUGCCGCACGCCAUGCUAUGCCUCCACAAACGGACGCGAUGGGUAACCCUACGCAUCCACGCACUGGAGGUGGUGGUUCUCGCCUUGCAGGGAAGGUCGAAUCUGCAGUUGGUACGAUGCUUGGAAGCGAGAACCUCAAACGCAAGGGGAUGGAGAAAGAACAAGAAUCUCAAGCACUAAAGGUCCAGGCUUCCGAACUCAGCGAAGCGGAACGUCUUGAACAAGCUGCUCUAGCGAGACGUGAACGUGCAGUUGCACAUGGAGCGCAUCCUGAUCAUAAGCACCUCGGAAGUCAUAAUCCUGGCGCGGGAGCAGGAAACGUAAAUGAACUCGGUGGAGGUGCUAAUACCGGAGUCGGAGGAGUUGGGGGUGCCGGAAGCGGUGCGCGUGGGGGAUAUUAAGCAUAUCACUUAAUUUACAGAGGAUUAUACCCAGAGGCGGUAGUUUCACAUUGAAGAACAUAAACAUGGAUGUAUCUGUACUAUUACUGUAUUAAUGUGUUCAUUCAUAAACAAA